CCAGCUUUCUCUUUCAAAGAAAAAUAUAAACGCUGUCACCCAAUGCAACACUGAUAAAACACAAGCAAAGAAUAAGAGACAGAGUCGAAGUGCAGUGAUGAAGAUUUGACAUAUUAGGAGCAACAGAGAUGUUCCAGACAGCGUUUCUUACUCGAAAGCGUCGGCGACCUGACAUCAACUUCACUCAGGUUCAUGAAGAGGUGAAGUUUAGAGAUGUGACACUGUACCUGGUGGAGAAGAGGAUGGGGAAGAGCAGGAGGAAUUUUCUCACUAAUCUUGCAAGGUCAAAAGGUUUCCUCGUAGAGAACAUGCUCAGCGGUCAUGUGACUCACGUGGUGUCGGAGGGGAACGCGCCGCAGGAACUCUGGAACUGGCUGGAGGAGCAGAACCUCAGAGAACCUCACAACAAACACGUGCUGAACAUCAGCUGGUUCACAGAGAGCAUGAGUGCUGGAGAACCUGUGCCACUCGAAAUGAGACAUUACAUACUAAAUCCUGCUGCAGAACGAAAGUUGUGUCCAAGUCCAUCAUCCAAACCGAUGUCCACUGUGUCCCCGUACGCUUGCCAGAGACGCACAACAAUAGAGAACCAUAACAAAGUCUUUACAGACGCGCUGGAGGUGAUAGCGGAGAGCUCAGAGUUCAGUGGGAAUCAGGGAUCAUGUCUGGCAUUCCGCAGAGCAGCGUCCGUGCUCAAGAGCCUCCCUGUCGCCCUGAAAUGCACAGAGGACACGCAACACCUGCCUGGCCUGGGAGAACACAGCAAGGCCAUCAUAGAGGAGAUCUUUGAAUGUGGAGCAUCGCUCAAAGCUCAAGAGAUUCUGAGGGAUGAGAGGUAUAGAACAAUGAAGUUGUUCAGCAGUGUCUUUGGUGUUGGACCUAAAACAGCAGAGAGCUGGUACUAUAGAGGACUUCGCACAUUUGAAGAUGUCCUGACUGAGCCCACGAUCAAACUGAACCGGAUGCAGACUGCAGGGUUCAUGUUCUAUGAAGAUAUCAGUAAACCUGUGAGCAGGUCAGAGGCCUAUGCACUGAAGACUAUUGUAGAGGAAGCUGUUACCUGUGUCAACUCAUCCGCCAGUGUCAACGUUAUAGGCGGCUUCCGCAGGGGAAAGGAGUUCGGUCAUGAUGUGGAUUUUAUCAUCAGAGUGCCUGAACCCGGACAAGAGGAUGGACUUUUAUCCGCCGUGAUUGACAGAUUUAAAAGUCAGAACAUCCUGCUGUACUCCGACUUCCAGGAGUCGACCUUUGACCUUCGGCGGCUGCCCAACCGUCGGUUUGAGGCGAUGGAUCAUUUCCAGAAGUGCUUCCUGAUAUUGAAGCUGAAGAGAGAUCAGGUGACUGACAUCAGAAGCAUUGAUGAGGUUAGAGAGCGUUUUCAGUGCCGGGACUGGAGGGCCGUGCGAGUUGACCUGGUGGCCCCUCCGAUUGAGCGCUAUGCAUAUGCUCUGCUGGGGUGGACAGGAUCAACGCUGUUUGAGAGAGAUCUGAGACGAUUCGCCAGACUGGAGAGAGGAAAACUAUUGGACAAUCACGUGCUGUAUGACAAAGCAACGAAAACCUUCUUGCCUGCUGACACAGAGGAGGACAUCUUUGCUCAUUUGGGUUUGGAGUACAUUGAGCCUUUGCAAAGAAAUGCCUAGAUUUCAUGUGUCCUUCUGCACUGUAAAGUCUUCUGAUGAUCUGCUGUUCAACACAUCAGCGAUGGCCUUCAGAAAGCUGUUGAUACUUUCUCACUGAAAUGGCUGUGAUUUCAUCAGCAAACAUGAGAGUUACAGACAGUUCUUGCAUUUUUGCUUUCAUUUUAAAAAUCUGCAAACUGUAUAUGGGUCACCCAAUAAGGUUGUGCGCUAUUUUAAAAAAUUAGAAAUCUUUAAAAAAAAGCUAGUUUAAAACGUGCUGUAGAAAUAUAAUUUUUGUUUUCAUGCUGGUUUCAUACAUUUUUGAAAAACAGUUAAAGAAUUUUCUGCAUAAAAAAUUUGUAAAUCAUUUUAAUAAUGUCAAGUAGUGUAACCAUCAAGUUAAAUGUAUUAAAAUACUUUCCUUGCACCUUGUAUCACAACUUAAUCAUUAUAUUUUUUCAAGGUAAAUAUGUUUUUACAAAUAUUGUAAAUUUAUGUCACGAAUACCAAGAAGCUUUCUUAUUCCAUUUGAUGUGAACAAAAUGUGCCUUUUCAAAAUAGAAAUGUCAAAAUAUCUGACUUUUCACAUAGUCAUGAGGGUCUAAAGGGAUCUUGUCUAUUUUAUGUUGCAAGUUGGUUACACCAUCUGACUUUGA